UACAGCGGCUUAUGGUGUUUUAUAAUUGAUUACAAAAAACAUAAAUCAGUUUAACUAAAUAAAUUAUUUAGUUUAUUAUUGUUGUUGAGAUGCAUAAACAUAUCACAAAACACAUUGUAUGUGGUUUGUAAGUAUGUGUUUAAAUUUUCGUAACUAUUUCAAGUUUCAAGUGGCUCCAGCACCAGUUGCACCACUACCAAUACACAUACAUACAAAAAAAUAAUGCCUUCGGCCGGUAACAGAUGAUUAGACGUUCAACGUUCGUUUAUUUCAUUUCCGAUUGUGCCAAUGUUCAUUGUGAAUGGUAUUCCUCUUCCCUAAGUAACACUAUGCAGGGUUGCUUCUGCAAAUCACAUUACUCAAAGGGGUCAUCCAAUGUAAUGGACUCAAAAAAUCAAUAUAUGCUUUGUGUCGAGGGUAUAUAUAUUUGAAAAUAUUCUCCGAAUUUUUUAGCUUAGCGUUUUUCUCGAAAUCCUGUUUUUUACAGACGGUAAAGAAAAUUUCCCGAAAUGGCUGCAUCGAUCGACCAUCUGAGAUAUUUAUCUCCUCUCGUCAAUUUUUUACAGGACCACGAGAAUCCAAAGUCUUUCAAAGUGAAUCAUCGAUUAUUAAAGUACAUUAAAUCUUGUAAUAUAUUGUAUCAAAAUAUAAUUUAUAUAUCAGCUGUUACUUAACUUGACAUAAUAACAAACAAAUUUUACUUAGAAACAAAUUAGAACAUGUUGGUUAAGGUACAAACUUUAAAAUGUCAAUUUCUACAUUUACGGCACACCUUGUGGUAAUUAUCUAUUGGCUCACUCUGGCUAACGUGUUGUGACCGUGGUUGGGUAUAGCACUUAUCUCUGUCAUGUGGCAUUAUAUUGCUAAAUAACAACAAAGCACAAUAAUCGGAAGCAGAGGUAGCGAAUAAUCGAAAAAGGUCGGAGUAAUUAUUAACAGAACAUCGGUGUUCAGCGUUAGAAAAUUUAUUUAAUACAAUCGAAAAAUCGUGCGAAGAUCGUGUUGGUGCUCAGGGACAUCUUUUCACAAUAUUUGACUUAAUAAAUUGCUGUUGGAAAAAUGGUGCGUCGUCGCGCUACCAAAGCUGCAGCGCUAACAGGCGGAGGUGCGCGUAGCGCCAAUAAUAAUCAUUUGUUAGAAAAUGGUGAACUCAAAUCUACGGUUGGCUGUACACAUUUGGAUGAACAAUACUUUGCCAGCCCUAAACGUAAAGACUGUAAAAUUGAUAACUGCUUGACGGGAAAGCUUGCUGGUAUAGAACAUCAAACCGAAAAAGAAAUGAAAACACACGGAAAAACUAAAUCGUCGUCAUCAGCAACUGGCAAAGUACGAGGUGAAAGAGGAGGUAUCGCAAGCCGUACAAUUGGUGUGCCUUUGGCCACUCGUUCACAAACACGUACAAUAGAAAAUUUCUUCAAAGCUAAAACUGCUGCCAAUAAUGCUAAAUUAGCAGAUACUUCCGAUAAAAAAACUGAAACUAUAAGCUGCGCCGUAAACGAAGAAUGCUUAUAUGAAGACUUACCCCACUACAAUAAUAUUCAGCCAUCAACACCAGAUACACCAUGUGAACUUGACGAAGACACAAAUGAUAGCGAAUUUUGUGCACAGCUAACAGAGGAGACAGUCUUCGGUAGCGAUUUUCUUACACAUCGCUCACAAUUACGUGACAGCCACUCAUCAACUGGCAGUGCAUGUACAAAUAUCAGCAAUUCGGAAAACAUUUUUCUACAAGAACCCGUGCUAACAUUGAAUGUCGACAAAACUCCAAAUCAAGCGUCAUCCAUAAAGAUAAAUACAACAUUAGAAGUGGAGCCGAUAUUUUCAUCACCACCCGCACUUACUUCUGCACUUAAUGGGCGUUUCAAUCAAAUUGUGACACUCAACAUUUCGUCGUGUAAGAAACUUGAUACAUUCUCUUGUAAAGCACCAAGUAUGGCCAUUGUAGGCUUACAUGAGAACGAUUUGGUAGAUGAGUUGUUACCUGAACAGGAACUAGACAAUGACAAUGACAAUGAUAAUGAUAAUAGUUCUUGUGAUAGUGGUGUUGCUUUCACUACCACCGUAAAUAGAGAUAUGCUGCUAAUAGAACAAAAUGACAAGAUCGUUGCAGUGACAACGGAUGAUGGCAGUAAAAAUAAAAGAAAACCAGCAACACCACAUCGUAUUGUCUGUCCUUCACCAAUUAAAACUAUGCCACCAAUGAUCUCACCUAUGCGUGCGGCUGUGACAAACGGUAGAAUCUUAUCACCUUCAGAACGAAAACUUAACAGAGAACAGUUAUCGCCGCGGAAAUCCCCACGCAAAAUGGCGUCUGCCAAUUCUAAAACACGACGAAGGCUGAAUACACAAAAAGAGCUUAGCGCACUAAAUAACGCCGAGGAAGCAGUUAAGUUGUUACCUGAGGAAUGUGCAGUUGCUAUGAAUUUCCACGAGCCUGCUAAGAUUAUACAUCAUGACCUCAACGAUUGCGAGAAAGGUGAACAACAACAAAAGUGCACCACAAUAAUGAAUACUAUGAAACAACCGCAAAAACUAGUGGCACCAAAAUCGCAUGUGGUUAAAAUACAGACACACAAACCGAAAUUGGUAAACGGUCGACCACUGGGCACAACAAAUAACAAUCACACCUUAAAAGAAUGCUUUCCCGUGCGUCGUAGUGUACGCAAAACUAAAACUGCCGUAAAUGAAGAGAUCAUGCGUAAUUUGGAGAGGGCUAUAUUAGAAGAACGCGCCGAUGGACUGAAGGUGGCACAUUUUGAAGGCAAAGGACGCGGUGUUGUAGCCGAACGACACUUUCAACGCGGCGAAUUCGUUGUGGAGUAUAUUGGUGAUCUAAUACCGUUGCCCGAGGCGAGUGCGCGCGAGAAGCGUUAUGCAUUGGACGAGAACGCAGGCUGUUAUAUGUACUAUUUUCGACAUCAAAAUCAACAGUAUUGCAUUGAUGCGACUGCGGAUACCGGCAAAUUGGGAAGGCUCGUGAAUCAUUCACGUAAUGGCAAUCUCAUCACAAAAGUGGUGGUGGUAAAGCAAAGGCCACAUCUGAUAUUAGUAGCAAAAGAUGACAUAGAGCCUGGCGAAGAAUUGACCUACGAUUAUGGUGAUCGUUCAAAAGAAUCGCUGAUGCAUCAUCCUUGGCUGGCUUUCUAGAAACGUCGUGGUCCAGUUGAUGGCGUCGUGAGGAGGCUAAAAACCAUAUAUAUUUAGCAUGACAGAUGCAAAUAAAUCAAGUGCUUAACGAUGCAAGUCGUAGGGACUUAAUACGGAGUUAACUGUCAAUAAGGCUAGUUAAAAGUAAUAUCAAAAAAAUGACUUCUUGUGCGUGUGCAUGAGCGUGUGUGCGCUUGCGUGGGCUGAUCGUUAGCGCGACAUUUAAUGGCUCAACUGCAGCUUAGUUGCAAAAACAAAUUAAGUAAUAGUAUAGAAAAAAAGAGUUCUAAUACAAAAUACCGUUUAUUAGAAAGCAUAUAACAUAUAUAUAUAUUUAAUAAUAAUAACAAUACAAUUUAUAGUAACAUUAAUAUUUUAUAGACUUAUUUCGGUAAUUGUUAAUGCUUUAUUAGUGAUAAGCGAAAACAACAACAAAAAAGUAAAAGAAAACAAAAGCAAACAAAAAACAAGAUGGCGUACGCACAGUGUAACGACGUGACAUAACGAGCAUUUUGUAACAGAAUUUCGGCUGACUUCACUUUGUGCCCACCUGACGGUGAUUCUCAAAAAGUAAAGCAAAUGCUAAAUUUGGAAAAAAAUUAAAUUUAGUUUGAAUUUCGUGUGAAGCAAACAAAUUUGUUUUGCGGUAACUUAAUUAAAAUAUGAAACUACAAAAUUAAAAAAAAAACAUACACAUUUUGUUUAAUUAUCACAUAAAUCGUUACACUGUGCCACUCUUGUUUUUCCUAUCAUUCUACAACUGAAUUGUGUUCAAAUCGCAUUGAGCCUAAGUAUAUUUAUGUAUAUAUGAUGGUUACGAUGACAGCUGCAUACGAUAACAAAAUUACUUUAUGAAUUCGCGACAUUUUUUUUGUAGCAACAUGCAAAAUUUCCUUUAAAAUGUGCCACAAAACAAAAUUUCAUAUAAACAAAAACUACACACAAUUAAUUUAUAUUUAAAAUACAAAAAAAUCCUCAUCGUAAAUAAUCCUCAAUAUAAAUAACGCCCUCUGCGAACAAAAGUUAGCAACUUAUUUACUUUUAAACAUUACUACACACACACAUGUUACAAUAUCUAAAGCAAUUUGCAUAAAUUGAAAUAAUUUUAAGAAUGUGCAUGUUAUCAUAUACAAAAUGCAUACGCAUUAUUGAAACUUUAUUAAGUUGGAUUUUCUAACUUCUAUAUGCUCUCACGAAAGCAAGUGAGAACACAUGCAAACACACUCCUUCAAUGAUUAAUAAUACAACAUUAUUGCUAGAGACAUUUUAACCUAAAAUGUAGUUAACAAUUUGUAAGCGAACACGGCGGUUCUAAGCAACAAAAUAAGUAAAAAUGAGUUAUAUCCAGGGUUGCGAAUUUUAAAUUCAAAAAUUAGAUUUUUAGUUUUGAUUUUUUUUAAAUUUUGAUUUUUUGUUUAAUUUUGAUUUAAAAAAAAAUUUUAAUAUUGUUUUUGUUUUUAAUUUUGAUAAUUUUAUUUUUUUUAUUAUAAUUUUUAUUUAAAUUUGAGAUUUUUUUUUUAAUUUUUCGAUUUGUUAUUUUUUUUAAAAUUUUUCGAUUUGUUAUUUUUUUUUUAAUUUUUCAAUUUGUUAUUUUUUAUAAAUUUUUAAAUCCCUUAGUUGAGGUUAAAACUUUUAUAUUAUUCAACCUGGUAUUUCGUAUUAAAAAUACAUACAUAAUUUUACAAAAAAAAAUUAAUUCCACUGUUAAUUCAAUUAUUAUUGUUUAAUGUAUUAUUUGCAACCCUGGUUUUAUCUAAUUAAUAACAUUGAAACAGUCAACGCAAAGUGGCCUAUAUUAUGUUUUGUUAAAUUUACAUAAUAAUAGAAAGCCCAUCGAAUUGGGGUUAAAAACUCUGUAGCCGAGAAAGAACAUUACUUUAGUAUAUACAUAUAUGUAUAUAUAUAUAUGCGUAGUUAAAAAGAAACUGUUUUAUAAAUGACAAAUUCAUGUUUUUCAUUUUAUAUCUGCCAGUAUGCAUUGUCUAUGUCAUCGCAAAACAACUUACCACAAACCACAAAUAGAAAUAAAGAUAAAACAAUUAUGAAAAAUACCACAAAUAUAUGAUAUAUAUAUAUAUAUAUAGUAUAUAUACCGCAAACUUCACUGCUGCAUGAUAACAUAACAUUACAAAAAAUACAAUCCUCUAAAAAUGCUGAAAAAUGAAUACAAUGCAUACCUGCCUAGCAUUAAGUUCGCAUAAAAAAAUAAAUAUUUGUAAGUUACUUACAUACAGGCAUACAUAUGUAUGUAUUUCUUUAAAAAAAAAAUGUGUGCCUCACAUGACACAACAUUUACUGGCGCGCAUGCUGCAUUCAGCGAUUACCGCUUGUAUUCACAAACGCAUUUCCUACCCAUUAGAUUUGCUUGAAAUAGGGUUCAAGGCUGCAUAUUGGAGCGCAUACUCACUUAAAGGGCUCUAAUAGGUCACUUAAGUUAUUUGCUAUUCAGAUAAAAGCGUAGAACAUUCAAGUGAUACGACAUGGCUUUUUCGAGUAGAAAAUUGCCUAAAAUUAAUUUUAGCAUGCGAUUACGAACAUAAUAAUAUGUAUAAAGUUUCGAAUUACUCCAAAAAUUGUUGACGUGCGCAUAAUAACAAAACCCACAAACAGUUAUGUUGCAUAACAGUAUUACCAUGGCGAGCACGUGGCGUUAGCUUCGAAUAUUUUCAUAGCCAGCUAAAUAAAAUUGUAUACAAAUUAACUUAACAGCAGUUGAGUACUGCCUAGAUACUCGUAAAGCAUUUCUUCGCUACGCAACUUGCUUACAAUAAAAUCACAAAGUUGUUUUGAUAAUGAAAAAUUUUAGAGAAUAUUAUUUUCAUUAAAGAAUUAACCACAAAAUAACCCUAUUUCUAGCCAUCAACAUAAACAAAGGUUUCAACAACAACAACAACAAAAAACUUAUAUUGCGCUAACAGUAUGCAUGCAAAUAAUGCUUCACUCAUAUAAAAUCACUAACUUGUAAGAACUUUUUAUAAAAACUAAGGAAUUAGCACGCUAAGAAUGUUAAAAUAUAAACGAUGCAUUCAAGAAUUCAAGAAUAUGCAAACAUACGCCAUUAUGCUAGUUAAAAAAUAAGCAGCAAAAUAAUUAAAGGAUGAAAUAAUUUUCCUUAUGUAUUUAAAGCAAUUAGCAAGAACGACUUCAUUCUGCCACUCUUUUAUUAUGAAAAUAUAAAAAAAUAUGAAAAACUGCUAAACAAGCUACAAUUUUGUGAAAAUUUCUGGUUUGUAAAGGCUUUAUCAAAAGUAGAUUGCUUUUUGAACUACUUACUGCUGUAUAUAUAUUUUAAACGAGGCAUAGGCGCGCAAUUAUUAACUACCGCUAGUUUUUAACCAAGAUCGUCGGUUUUAAUGCAGUUAAGAAUAUUUUUUGUUAAUGUGGUUUUUUGUUUUAAACGUUGUUCUGCCAUCGAAUCAGGAAACAUGCUGUUUCGAUGAGUUGGUCUAUAGAGAAAAAUAUUAAGGAUUAUGUAAUUUGGUUCUACAG